GCUAAAAGCAAAUGUCAUUUUGUGGAGAACGCCGCUAGAAACUUGCAAAUCAUUUAGCUCAAUUGUUUUCUGGCAAGUUAAUUUUACUAUUUAGGCAUGAGCAGUCUUGGUUUCCAGCAAUUUCCCGAGUACCAGGUGCCCGGCGUGCAGCAUGCAGACUUUUCGCCCUACGAAUCCAAUGGCGGGUCUAUUGUGGCUAUUGCUGGGGAGGACUUCGUGGUAAUCGCUGCAGAUACCCGUCUGAGCAGUGGAUACAAUAUCCAUUCCCGGGACCAGAGCAAGCUUUUCAAGUUGUCUGACAAGACGGUACUCGGUUCAACCGGGUGCUGGGCAGACACCCUCUCCCUGACUGGGCUGUUGAAAGUGCGCAUGCAGGGCUACGAGCACACCCACCUGCGAACCAUGUCCACCGACGCCGUUGCUCAGAUGCUGUCCAUCACCAUGUACAACCGUCGCUUCUUCCCCUACUACGUCAGCAACAUCUUGGCUGGAAUUGAUAAGGACGGCAAGGGUGUAGUUUACUCCUAUGAUCCCAUUGGUCACUGUGAACGUGCCUACUACCGUGCAGGAGGUACUGCUGGAACUCUUCUUCAGCCAGUACUGGAUAACCAGAUUGGACACAAAAACAUCAACCUUUCCUCCAACGAGCUACCCAAUCUCACUGUAGAGCGUGCCGUGUCCAUUGCAUCCGAUACCUUCAUUUCCGCAGCUGAGCGCGACAUCUACACCGGUGACUCGGUGCUUAUUAACAUAAUUACCAAGGACGGCAUCAGGGAGCAGAAGGUUCCACUCCGCCUGGAUUAAAUUAAGUCAAAGCAUUUGUGGUCAGGGGUAAUAAAAAGGACUGUGGAUCUGCCCAGGCAUUAUAAGUUAGAUGGCGUGAAAUCAAUGUAUUUACCCGAAGAAACUGAAUUCAAAUAAACAAGGGAUCUAUAAGAUUUCAAAACAUAUGCAUUUCA